CAAUCAAAUCACAUCUCUUUUACGGUGAAGUGUUUCUGAAUUUACUUUCUUCCGGUAGACACCGCCUCGGAAAAUUUUACACUAGUGAAAGAGCUAGUACUCCUAAUAGGGAAAUAUGGGCGACGACGCUGACAAAUUCGUUUGGAGUGUUAAAAAUGGCGAACUGGCAGCUGUAAAAGAAUUUGUAGAGAAGGGUGGAAAUGUGAAUUGCGAAGUCAACAGCCGCUCCCCAUUGCACUAUGCAGCGGACUAUGGGCAAGAAGAGGUGAUGGAUUAUCUUAUAUCCAAAGGAGCAAAAGUCAAUGCAAAAGAUAAGUUUGGCAUUACACCUCUGUUAUCAGCCAUAUUUGAAGGACACACCGAAUGUGUGAAGAUGCUACUACUUAAGGGAGCUGACAAGAAUGGCAAGAGUCCUGAUGGUGCUUCUUAUGCAGCCUGUGCAGAAAAACAAGAGAUAAGAGAUCUCUUAAAAUGAACUUGCUUUAUUUUUGACCAAAUGAUCCACGACCAUCGAAAGAACUGUAUAUGAUUGUGAAGACAUUUUAAUCAUUGGAUCAGCUCUACCAGAUGCCAGAAAACUGAACACAGUGCAAAUGCUUAUCAAUUUACUGCUAUGAAGAUGAUAAAAACUUUAUAUCCAUUUGUGCCAGUUAGCUGGAUCAAAAUGUGAGGGCUAGGGAAGGUUGGUGGAUGUCAUGGGCUUUGACAGCAGAUUUGCAAAAUAUAACCCAUAGACUUAACAGUUUUUUUUCAAUUUUCUUUUUCUCAGUUUUCCCCCUUUGUGCUGAGCUUGGGUUCACUUGAACCAGUCACAUUUUGUAUCCAGCAGUUGUAUAAGGAUGGAUGGACAUGAUCAUCUAGCACCAGCUGUAAAUAUUGUGAGCUUUCCCCACAACCUUAAAAUAUGUGUUGAAUGAUUUGCAAUAUGGUUUUGUGUUCAGCAGACUUGUACAGGAAGUUUUAGGGAUCCACCAUCAUAAUUCAGUCACAACUGUUUUGCUUGCUAAAACCCGGCAGCAGUUGCAUAAGCUUUUAAUAGCAUGACCAUUUAUCUUAAUGAACAGUGCAUGUUUCUAGAUACCCACAUCUUCUGGACCAAGCAUAAAGCUCUACUACUCGGGCCAUACCAUACUGAUGGACUGCUGAAUAGAAACUGGACUGUACAUAUGAAUCAUACAAGAAAUUCUAUUAGAUGUAGGGAGCGGAAACAUUUAACAGUUUAAUACCUGCCACCUCUACGGUCCAUUUACUCCUUUUAAAGUGCCCAUAUCGGUGCUGCUUCCAGGCAGAGCCCUCAAGGUUAACUGAUGCACAAACGGGACCAAAGAAAUGUCUACAGUUGGAGCAUGUUUUGAUGUUUGUAAAUCAGGUAGAUUGCUUUAGAAAUGACCUCCAAAAAAAGUGGAAAAAAUACCCACAUGCUUUAACGAGAACAAAUUGUACAUAUCUAGCAAUCAAUCACUUUGCAAUGUUAUAAGUAAAUUAUUAACACUAGUUUACUUUUCUGCACUUGUGAUGUGUAGCAAUAAAUUAAGAGAGGCUCAAAACAGUAUCUAGUAAUAGAUUACUUAGUUACUAAGAAUUAUCAGUAGCAUCUCGGACUUAAGAAAUGGCAAGAUGAUGUGCACGGACCAUAAGUUAAAAUGUUAAGUGUGUUGCAGUCAGCUUACAUGCUAGGUUGGUCAUUAAUGUUUUGUUUAAAAAGAUGUUACUUAAAUCAAGUGACCAGUGAAAGCUAAAGAUGUAUAAUGCAGUAUUUGAUGUGCAUGUAAUGAAACUGUACUCAAUUUUAAGAGGCAUUAAUUACAGCUCAUUGUUUUGUAAUGAACAGUACAGAGACAGUUUUUAGAAGAGUGAGGCUGUUGGUAAGGAACUAUAAAUAAAUGGACCUACAGCUUUUGUUGUCUUUAAAGGGAAAAACAAUGUUAACAAGACAUGAAAUAAAGGUCUUGUCUCUUUCUUUGGCAUCUUUUAUGAGUAAGUGUUGCAAAUUUUUUAUUUGUACCGAUUUUUUAAAAAAUAAACACAUUGAGCUGAG